AUGGCAAGAUCGAGAUCCAGCUCUCGUCAUACCAAUGGUUCUCGCGGCACCCAGCUCGUCGCGAACGGGAACGGUCCCAACGGGGCCCCCGCCCCCAGCAUCCAACCGGCCGCCUCCACCAGGUCGGGGGAGGAUCUGAGGGCCCAGCUCACCAACCACCGUAGCAGCGGUGCACCGCCACCAUCCCCUGUCGCCCCCGCUCCGGCUUGCGCACUCAUCCAGGAGGGUGUGGUGGUCUUUGAGCAAGCCUCCACCGCGCUAGCGCGCGUCACGGCGGGCCUCCGGGCAGAAGAACAAGCCGCCCUAGGCGCCACCGGAGGGGCGCCGACGCCUCCACUUCCUCCCACCUGGGGGCGCAACGGUCCAAGCACCCGGCCGCCCCAGGCACCUAUCACCCAGGGGGAGGUUAACUCGCCCCGACCAUCGGAGAGGCGGGGAGGAGGGGACUCCCGCCGAGACCGCCAGCGUGACGGCGAUGCAAGGGCACCAACCCAAACUAGGCCCGCCCUGGAGAGGUUGGGCGAUCGCGUGACAGCCCGGGAUAGGCUGGGUCCGAGGCCAGCCAACGGGCCACCGGCGGCGGAGUCAUGCUUCCGCUAG